GGUGCUUAGGUUUGAACAAUAUCAAAGCAAUCCUUUAAGAUCUUCCCUUUUUAUUUUCCAUCCUACGUUAUACAAGAAAGAUGAAGUUCUCUGCUGAUGUUAGCUCCUCCCGUAGAAAGAGCAGAAAGGCUCAUUUCACUGCUCCCUCUGAUGUUCGUCGUAAGAUCAUGAGUGCUCCUUUGUCCAAGGAACUUCGCGAAAAGUACAACGUUCGUUCCAUCCCUGUUCGUAAGGAUGAUGAAGUUAUGGUUGUCCGUGGUACCUACAAGGGCCGUGAGGGUAAGAUCACUCAAGUCUACCGUAAGAAGUGGGUCAUUCACAUUGAUCGUGUUGCCCGUGAAAAGGUUAACGGUGCCACUGCUCCCAUUGGUAUCUCUGCCUCCAAGGUUGUUGUUACCAAGCUCAAGUUGGAUAAGUCUCGUCUUGCCAUUCUUGAACGUAAGGGAAAGAAGGAAGCUAUGAAGCAGUAAAUUAACUUGUAAAAAAAUAAAGUAAAGAAAAUAAAGGAAUACGACAACUAUUCUAGCUAUUUUUCUUUUUAUUAUCAUAUUUUUGUAUAGUUUAUAUUAUAUCAUUGGAAUCAAUGAAAAAAAUAUACUUGUCUUGGUUUUUGUAAUGGGUAUAUUCUACUAAUUUUCAAUGGGAGAGAAAGGGGGGGAAUGAGUAAUGUUGAGAGAAUCUAUUUAUUCUACUGUUAAUUUAAUAAAAAAAAAAAUAGAUUUACACUCUUUCU